UGCUGGCCUGUGGGUGAGUGGACGCCCUUCACCAGAUUGAAGCUGGGGAAGUUAAAGGUGGUGCGGCGGCAGUUGCUGCAGAGGUAUGAACACCAGCCGCUAGUCUCCUGCCUGGCAGGCCUCUACGGUUGCCAAUGGAGACGGUACCAGCGAGCAAGGGCACAGCCAGGGGAGGUCUGCUGCAGCAAGGUGGAGUGUGGCAGUUUUGGCCUCCUGAUCCUCACCUUCUUUCUCAGCUUUGUGUUCCUGUACUUCUGGAGCGAAGCGCAGAACGACUACAAUGACUUUGACUGGUUUAACUUUGGGACUCUGGGGUUCUGGUUCCCCUGGUCUCUGGUUCUGCUGGGCGUGGCAGCAGCUCUCUUCACCUACAUAGCCCUCUUAUUGGUGCUGGCAGUGUGCCUGCUCUCUGAGGGCCAGAGACUUUACCUCCACUGGAGCCACAAGAUCGGUAUCGUGGUAACGCUGGCGUUCUCCGUCACGGCAACGGCCAUUCUCUCUGACCUUUGGAGCAAAGAAUGGAAGACCCUCCUCCUCUCCCUGCAGGUGACCGCCCCCUUCCUCCAUGUUGCUGCCGUGGCGCUCAUGACCCUCUUGUCCUGGCCAAUCGCCUUGCACUUCUUCCGCAUGAACAAGCGGGUGCGCCAGGUGGCUAUCCUGGGUUUGUACCUGUCGGUUCUGUUCUCUCUGUACCUGGUCCCUCUGGGGAUGUACUCCCCCUGCAUUAAAGAAGCUGGCACCCUGGGCCCGCCCCCCUCUCUGAUUGGACACAGAGGAGCACCAAUGUUGGCUCCUGAGAACACUCUCCUAUCGUUUGAGAAAGCGGUGGAGGUGGGCGGUGAAGGCCUGGAGACCGACGUACGGAUCAGUUACGACGGUGUUCCCUUCCUGAUGCAUGACUCCACCCUGCGGAGGACCACGGACGUGGACAAGGUGUUCCCCAACCGCACCCAGCAGGACGCCUCCCUGUUCACCUGGGCCGAGCUGCAGCAGCUCAACGCCGGCAACUGGUUCCUCUCGAGGGACCCGUUCGGUACAGGCUCCUCCCUGAGUGAGACGGAGCGCUCCAGCAUCCAGAACCAGUCCAUCCCCUCCCUGGCCCAGUUCCUUGAGGUGGCGGCGGGCAGCGGCAGACUGGUUCUGUUUGACCUGCGCAGGCCACCGUCCGGCCACCCUUACAACGUGUCCUUCAUCAACACCACUCUGCAGGUGGUCUGGGACAACAUCAACUCCUCGCAGGUGCUGUGGCUGCCCUCAGAGGACAGGGAGACGGUCCAGGCUGUGGACCCAGAGCUACAGCAGACGGCCGAGGAGAGGGGCCCGGUGCAGAACCUGACAGACAGACACAUCCGCAGGCUCAACCUGCCCUACAGCUCCAUGUCCGAGCAGCAGAUCAGUAAGUACUGGUCGGUGAACAUCAGCACUAACCUGUUUGUGAUCAGCCAGCCCUGGCUCUACUCCCUGGCCUGGUGCGCUGGUGUCCACUCCAUCACCACCAACUCUAUCCAUCUGCUGUCCCACCUCAGACAGCCCCUCUUCCUCAUGACCCCAGAGGAGUACACUCUGAUGUGGAUAUUGACCGACGUUUCGUCCACCUUCCUCAUCACUGCCGUCUUCAUAUUCCACUGGUGGAGAGAGAGAGGUCUACCCUUCUGGUCCGGGAGUCGCCAGGCCCACGAGACCGGCCCCUACAGCAAGUUCAGGACAGACUCGUCAGAGGCGAUCUGUAUUCAUUGGAACCAGCGCCAUUCCAUCUCUCCCAAGCUGAGCGACGUUUGGUCCGUCUCGAACAUCGUCAUCCGCCCGGAUCCGCAGGGCUCCCCCACACUGUCGGCCACCCCCCACCUGCCCACCAUCACAGAGGAGUGACUCACCCACAGAGAGGGGGAGAGAGAGA